UUUUUGCGCCACUCGACCGAAAGAACCCAGUAACUCAUAAAUACAAAAGUAUUUUUCUUUUGACAGAAAAUUGCACCUAUGUGCCGUAGCCGCAGCAACGGCGAUGCGUGAAGUCGAAGCCUUUCCACAGAAAAGUAGAUGAGGAAGAUCUGAAAUACUAUUCCCGAGGAGCACAGCCUGGAGUUGUGUGACAGACGAAAGAGAUGAAAACAAGAUCCCCGCGACUGUUAAGCAUUGUGCAAUUUAUUUACAACAACAUUGACACGACACUGUUCUACUAGUUCCUUCUUCAUCUAGCUACCUCAAUACAGAGAGCUCUUAAGUAGAGAAGCGGAAGAGACCAAUAAUCAAGACGAUCUAAUACUAGUAGUUGCAUCUGACUCUGAACACCAGGUGGCUCAUCACACUAAAGUAGUGACAGAUGAACAGAACAAAUAUGGCCUAAAAGCGACACAUCAAAGAACUGCACUAGUAGUUUCAUUUUUUUGUUGGCAAAAAGGAGGAGAACUACUUACACACUACGUCUAGUUGUACUAGGUUGGUUACUUUCAUAAGAUUUUUGGACGUGGUGUGGAGCUUCUAGUGCGCUGCUGGUCGUGCAACGACAGCGAGACCACAUAGUAGAGAAGGAGGAUCAACAUCAUCAUUGACACGAAGAUCAAGAGCUUUCCUUUCCUCCGAUCUCAUUUUUCCUGCCUAGAAGUUCUUAGGCUCUCAUUAUAUUAUCGGCCUAGAGCUAGACCAAGCCAAGAUUUUAGUACUUCUGAAAUACGGUCGACGCGGUCGGUGAACGAAGGAAGUCAUGACCACUUGUACUUACUGGUAAGGCCCACCAGCAAGCGCUGCAAGGGCCGCGAGAUCUAUUCCUGCUAUCUAAGUACAUAGUAGAGCGCCGCACUCCGUCUCAGACGAUCUUCUUCAAAGUUAAAAGCGCUAGCUUUGCUAAAAGCUACGGCUCUGUAGCUGCCUUAUCUCCACGUAGAAGUCCUCGCAUUUUGCUAUAUACAGCCUAGUUUCUUUGGUGUUUUGCAUGCGCAGCGCACGAUUUUGACGUGAUAGUUUAUCAUACUAGCGGCGAGAAAAAAUUAUAGCAAAGUGUCAUAAAAAUUCUCAAAUAAGUAUAUUUUUACCUACAGCGACUUUACUGCGACAACGCGUUUUAAAUACUUCAUUCAAGUCUACUGGUGGCCUGAGAGAACUUCUGUCAAAAUGUACCUUGCUUCGGGGGAAAACGUAGACGCCAACUCGGAUACUUCCGAUUCGUCCGAUGUGGAGGACAGCGAGGCAAUCGCGGCGAGCCGGCGACUCCAGUCCGCGCCCCCGAUGCAGUUCAUGUACGAGAGAAGGUCGGAGUUUGAGUCCCCCCAAAACUUCCUAUCAAAUGAAAAUAUGUCUGGGUCUGGGAGAUUCUGAAACUUACUUCUCAUGCACGUUUCGCAUGGGCCACGAUGUCUGUGAUGCAUGCCGUAGCUUCACAGCUUUUUCGAGGGGUUCUUGAUGCCUAUUGCGCAUGACAAAUGCCCUAACCGCGUAGCAAAAAUUGCAUUCCCUUUGCUAUUCAUGCAAUACAAUUUUUUUUGGAAUCCAAAUGCAGCAUCACAAGUUGCAUUCUACUUCCAGGCCCAGACAUUUUUGCAUUUGAUACUUUCGAACACCCGACGAAACGAAAAACAGCAGUUCUGGCGGGACGGCGUCUUCCCCUGGAACGAGCAAGAUAUGAAUUGCAAAAGUAUCGUAUUCGUAUUGCAAUCAUGCAUUACAAAUCCUUUUGUUAGGGUAAAUCUGCAUUACAAAUGUUAUUUCUCAUGCUGAGGAAAUUUGUAAUGCAUUUAUACGAGUGCGAUACUUUUGCAGACGAUACAAGAAGAAGAGCAACAAUAAUUCGCCGUCGAAAAAGAACAAUCUGAGUAAAACGCCGCAAAGCGGCGGACCGACCGUAGGAGGCAAUGGAAGUCGAGGUAUAGCAGGUGUUUGGAUUUCCAACCAGGAGUGAAGUGUUAUGUUACGUCUAUAAAAAUCUUGAUGGUGUAUGUUCUUGUUCUAAUAUCACGAUGCGACAAGUGCGAAUGGUCUGGUGCAACCUACUGCAGGAAAUGGAAAUACAACAUCGCAUAUAAUUGAGCCGUCCUUUACUUCAAACUGCAUAUACAGGUGGAAAUAACGGCCGGAAGCUGUCUACCCAGCACGAAUCAGACGAUGAAGAUGAAUCCGAACAGGAAGAGCUUGUCCGUCACACUGCACUAUCAAAUGCAAAAGUGUCUCGGUCUGGAAGAAUGUAACUUGUGAUGCUGCGUUUGGAUGUCUAACAAAUUUGUGUUGCGUGAGCAGCAAAAGGAUUCUAAUUUUUGCUACGCGGAGGGCAUUCGUCAUGCGGAAUAGGCAUCAAGUUUAAGAAUCCCUCAAAAAACCUGUGAUGCUAUGGCAUGCAUCACAGACAUCACGGCUCAUGCAAACCGUGCACGACAAGCACAAAUCUCAGAAUCUUCCAGACCCAGACACUUUUGCAUUUCAUAUGCACCAAUGACCUAUGCAAACCCCCAAAGGACAACCCCAAAGUCGUUUUCAGGUCAUCUAGAAGGUGGCAUCAAUGCGGCGAGACAAAAAGCAAAAUCGGAAUAUCGGCACCCAGGAGCUCCUGCAGGUGCCACCGCGGCCCAGGGAGGAGGUUCUUCUACACCGUCUUCGAAGAAAAACAAACAAAACGCGCAGAGUACGUCGUACCAGUUGAGCUCCCCGCCAAGACAAGACCGUGGGAUCGUGUCUAUGCCGUCCGAAGAUCAUGCUGGGGUGUAUUCUCUCGACGGUCAUGGAACAGCCGCUAUCAAGAGAAAAAGUGUUAACGUUAACGGUUUUCACAGAUAGCAGUCAUGCGUCGCAAAUGUAGCUCAAUAUGCAUGCUAUGCAUGACAAAUUUAGGCACGUUUUGUGAUGCAUUUCUGCAUAACGAAUUUCGAUAACGUUAACACUUUUUCCUGUGAUAGCCGCGACCAUGUCGAUGCCACCCGGGAUGAUGAUGAAGAUGUCGAGAGCAGGUGGAGUUGCACAAGACAAGUCAACACCGAACAAGUCAACAGCUAUAACUCCUACGUCCGGGAAAAAGAAGGUGAAUCAAAAGCAAAGCACUAGCCCGGUCGUGACCAAAGCAGGCGCUGGAAGUGCGACAACUUCAAGUCCCUCUAAGAUGGGCAACAAGAAGAACAACAAACAGCUGCAAGGAACUUAUCCUGUGCAAAAGUAUCGUACUCGGAUAAAUGCAUUACAAAUUUUCUCAGCAUGAGAAAUAAAAUUUGUAAUGCUGAUUUGCCUUGACAAAGAAAUUUGUAAUGCAAGACCUGCAUUUAUACGAGUACGAUACUUUUGCACAGCAUAGAACUACACUGACGUCGAUGCAGCCCACCAGCUACAACAGUGCAACAGUAACGUACUAGUAUAAAUUGCAUUACAAAUUGGCUCAGCAUUACAAAUUCAAUUUGUAAUGCUGAUUUACCUUGAAAAAGAGUUUUGUCAUGCAUAAAUGCAAUUAGUACGAGUGCGAUACUUUUGCACAGGAUACCAGCUACAACAGUGCAUCAACCGGGGCGGGCGAGAGGAAGGAAUCGGACGAGAGCGUCGGUUAUCCUGUGCAAAAGUAUCGUACUCGUACUAAUCGCAUUCAUGCAUUACAAAUGUCUUUCUGAACUCAAAUCCGCAUUACAAAUUUUAUUUCUCAUGCUGAGGCAAUUUGUCAUGCGAUUUAUACUAGUACGAUGCUUUUGCAUUUCAUAUCGGUUCGUUUCUCCGCCAAGAAAGCCGCCAGGAUUCGGAGAUCAUCAUUCCCGGGCGGAAAAUGUAUUCCGAAUUUUUCCCCGGCAGGGUAAAACCUGUGACGGAAGGGCACCCAAAACACCAGCAGCAGCUGACGAGGCAGCAGCGGGCGGAGCGACGACCAAGUAGGAAAGUCCCGGGGGAACCGGGAAAAUUGAGUCCGGGAGGGAAGAUAAAGAUUAAACCAGGGGCGCAACAUAUCCCACGAAAAAACUGGUUCACCGUCGUGAUGAUCUUGCAAGAUCUGCAUCACAAGUUUCUUACACAUAACACAGAAAAUUUGCCAUGCGCGCUUCCCAAGUGAAAACACGCGGAAAAAUCCAGUGUCUUGCAGGUGUAGCAAGACAAAUCGUUCUGUGCUCCAUUCUCUGCAUCGCAAGUUCACACGUGAAACAGUUUUUUCGUGCGAUACAACAAGUCUCCUCUACAACGUCCAGCGACGUAUCAAAUGUAAAAAUGUCUGGGUCUGGAAGAAUGCAACUUGUGAUGCUGAAUUUGGAUUCCAAAAAAAUCUGUAUUGCAUAAGCAGCAAAGGGAGUGUAAUUUUUGCUACGCGGAGAGGGCAUUUGUCAUGCGGAAUAGGCAUCGCGAGGCCCUCAAAAAAUCUGCGAUGCUAGGGCAUGCAUCACAGACAUCAGGAGUCAUGCAAAACGUGCAUGACAAACCUGGCAAUCUUCCAGACCCAGACAUUUUUACAUUUGAUACGACGACACGGCGAACCAACGAGCCACAGUGGCGACGAUGGGAGGUGGUCACGACCCGUAUCCUGUGCAAAAGUAUCGUACUCGUAGCAAUCGCAGUCAUGCAUUGCAAAUCUCCAUCCCAAGGUAAAACAGCAUGACAAAUUCCAUUUGUCAUGCCGAGCUAAUUUGUAUUGCAAUCACUACUAGUACGAUACUUUUGCAGUUCAUGACCCGAACAGGAGAACAACGAUGGGCGGCGCGGUGAACAAAUUCCGACAGCAACUAGAGGAGCAGCUGGGUAAAGUGAACAAUGACGGGGAAAGCACAACCAAGUCGAAAAAAUCGACCGACAGCUUGUCCAGGACGGUUUCCGGUGCGAAGAAAAAAUCGUCCGCUUCCCGGUCCACGCGGAACAACAGCCGUAUGAAAGCCUCAGAAUGGAAAUCCUCAAAGUGGAAAUGAUUUAUGAUGCAUGAAAUGCGACGCAAAAAAGACUGUAUUGCAGAGCACGCAAUGGAGGCCGACUAUUGUCCUGCUAGGGGUGAAGAAUUGGAGUGCUGCUUUGCACGACAGAAGGGCACCCCCUUGCCUUAACCUGCAUGACAAACAUGCUGUAAGUGCCCGGAAAAUUUGUCAUGCGCCGACUACAAAUGCCGCUUCAACUGGAGUCGUUUAUUUGCAUUACAAAGUAUUUCCACUAUUGAGGAUUUCCAACCUGAGGCUGUCAUAAGCCGGUUUUCCGAUAACCCGCCACCCCCACCGGCUUUCCAGCCGCCGGUAGACAUGGAUCCGCCACUGUUCCGGAUGAACUCGAUAAACCCGACGGGAGUGGUGAUUGCACCGGGGGAAUUGGAUUAUCCAGGUAUAGUUGGAAACUUUUUAACGAUGACAAUGUAAAAUUAAAUACUUUUCGGGAUGAUCAAAUUAUGUCUUACCGGAACAAGAUUUUUUCCCCUCCUCGUUCGUGUUUGUGCUGUCCUCUGCUUCUGCAUGUACACAAACCUUCCUCAUUACACAAAAACGCAUGCAAAUACUUAUUUAUCACCCUCUUUACGACAACAGCCACCUCGAUUCCGACGGUCCUAGUGCCCAUCGACAUCGCGAACCAGCCAAAGGUGCUGAUGCCCAUCGAUAAUAACGGGACCUACACCGAAGCGGUCCCCGUGCUGAUGUCCUCUGAUUUCGCCACCCCCACGACCCUAUGCAGUGCAAAAGUAUCGUAUUCGUACAAAUGCAAGUCCUGCAUUACAAAUUUUUUUCUUAAGGUAAAUCAGCAUUACAGAUUUUAUUUCUCAUGCUGGGGAAAUUUGUAAUGCAAUUUGUACUACUACGAUACUUUUGCAGUUCAUAGACCCCCAUCAAUGCAGCGGCGUCCCCGUUCAUCCCCCACACGACUAUCAAAUGCAAAAAUGUCUGGGUCUGGGAGAUUCCGAGAUUUGUCAUGCAGUUGUUCCAAGCUCCCCCACGUCUGAAGUGCAGGGCCUAGCAUCAGAGGUUCUGCAGCUCCUUGGUGAUGUGUAUUCUGCAUGAGAAAUGCCCGCUCAGCAUCGCCAGAAGUGGGCACCUUUCGCACGUUAUGCAUCACAGGUCUUUGUGGGAUCCAAAACACGCAUCACAAGUUCGAAUCCUUCGAGACCCAGACAUAUUUGCACUUGAUAACGACUGGCACCCCGCAAUUGCUGCCGUUCGCCACGCCAACCAGUAGCGGUCCGCACGCGAUCAACACUGGUGGAGGGACAAGUACUACUACUCCCGCGUUUUCGCUCGUGUCAGGAGGUGGAGGAAUGAAUGCCGCAGCAGCGGAGUUCACGCCGCAGAGUGGUGCGAACAAUAAUGCGAUCCUGGGCAACGUGAAUGCGAGUAUGUUGAGCGGGGGUAACAUGGACCUGCAAAUGGACGACACAUCAACCGCGAACAUUACCGACGGCUCGGGCUGGGUUGCAAACAAUACUAGUUUCAACUCUCAGAGUAAAACUGGCUCGGCGUACAACAACAAUAAAGGUGGAAAAAUGAUGAACAGAAGCAGUGGCGGAAAGGGGAAUUACAACAAUCAGAACGCCAUGGGAGACGGCGGCCAACCAGGCAGCUGGAUCAACAAUAACAGCAACGACAACUACGGGAAUAACUAUUGGGGCGGUAAUGCAGCUAAUCAGGACCAGCAGAGGGGCAGCGGAAACAACCAAUACACGGCCUACAAGGGCAGUGGCAAUUACGAGUACGACCCCAAUGUUGACCCAGGGAGUUAUAGUGCGUCUUACAUGGAAACAAACAACCCGCAAGGUGGUCCGUUGAACACCAAGGGGACAUCAACGACAAACGGGUACAACAAUAGCUACGCUGCUGGUGGUAUCCCCCAGAAAAAGACCGACAGGUCAUAUUUGUAAUGCAAAAAUAAAUAGAUAAAAAAAUCUGUAUUGCAUGCCCUAAACAGGAUGUUAUGGCCUCGCCCAUGACAGAUUUUCCUGUGUAUUUAUUUUUGCAUUACAAAUAUGACCUGUCGGUCUUUUUCUGUGGGAUAGGUGGUGGUGCAACCUCUUCCUCACAGCAGAACGCUGGAGCAGGUGGUGGCAAGAAGGGCUACAACUAUUCCGGGCAGAAGCAGCCCCGGAACAAAUACGGGCAUUUGGUCGUGCAAAACCAAGACCAGCGGCAAAACCAAAACCUCCAGCGGGAUACAACGUCGAGUGCAGACCUCAAUGUAUCCCACGAAAAAACUGUUUCACUGUGAUGAUUUUGCAAGAAUCGCAUCACAAGUUGUUUGUGACACAUGAGGACACAGAAAAUGUGUCAGGCGCGUUUUUCCCAUAGGGAAAAACACGGUUGGAACUCCAAUGCUCUAUGCAGGUGUAGCAAGACAAAUCGCUCUGCGCUCCAUUUUCUGCAUCACAAGUUCACAGUGAAAGAGUUUUUUCUUGCGAUACAAUGCCGCGCAGAUGUAUUCGGUUUUUUCCCCGGGCACCGGCGGUUUAUCCUACGUAAAAACGUCCCCACACCAUAGUCAAGAUGGGAAAUCUGCAACAUAAAUCUCCAAGUUUUGGAAGUUCUGCAUGACAAGUUUCCAUCUGCAGUGUAGUGCUGGUUAGCCAGGAAAGCCGCAUGAGAAAGCCAUUUACUCAUUCUGUUUACAGCAUUACAAAUUCCAAAACACGACUGGAAACGCCUCUCAAGGAGAUGCGCGCUACAAAUGUUCCUGUCAUUGCACAUUUGCAUGACAACUCUGGGGUCCGCCUGCGCCUUCGGUGUCCGCCUGACCUACCCCCCCUGCGUGUCAAGCCAUCUGCGGCCUGGGGCAGAGGGGGGGGGGCAAAGUGUGCUGCAAUUCCUUUAGCAUGACAACUCUGGGGUGGGGUCGUUUUUACACAGGAUACGGCUUUCACCGGAGUUACUCGGCUUUCAACAAAAACCAGAAGGACUACGUCCAGGGAGCGGAUGGGCAAUACUAUCCGCAAAACAACUACAUGGGAGGUGGUGGGGAUGAUGCCGGAUCUUCAUGGGGAGCCGGGUACCAGCAUCCCCAGGGGAAUUACAACGCGAACUGGUAUGGAGGGACCACGAACAGCAGCUACAACCAAUACGGGAAUCCAAAUCAGCCGGGGCUGCACAACAAGGGUUACGGGAAACACCAGCAACAAGGUAAAAACUACCCUGCGAGCAACCAGCUCGCAGUACCACCGUCGGCGGCGACCAAGCCACGCGCUUCCUCCUCGAGUUCAGCGACGACAGCGCAGCUGACGAACAAGCAGCUCUCCCACGGGACCGCGGACACACCCACAAGGCGGAGAAAACACCACGCACCGAAGCUGUCAAAAGCGAAAAAGCUGGAGCGGCUGGCUACGCAUUGCAAAGCAAGUAUCGUACUAGUAGUAAUCGCAUUACAAAUUUGCCCGGCAUGAGAAAUGAAAUCUGCCAUGCUGUUUUGCCCUGGGACGUAGAUUUGUAAUGCAUGCUUGCGAUAAUUACUACCUACGAGUGCGAUACUUUUGCACAGGAUACUAGCGCACGUGGCGUGGCACGCAGAGGCGACGAGUAUGGGGUGGCUAGAUGAGGACACCAUGAUAUGAAUUGCAAAUGUGUCUGGGUCUCCUGGAAGCUGGUAACUUGUCAUGGUAAAUCUGAAGCAUACAAAAAUCUGUGUUGCAUGACUGCCAAAAGCAGCUCUUCACUUUCGACCAAGGUGGGAGGGAGUUUGUUCUCAUGUAGGAUAGGCAUGAUAGGGAUCUCGUCACAGAAUGUCUGUCAUGCUAGGUCCCGCAUCCCAGACCUCAUGGGUCAUGGAAAACCUGCAUGACAAGUUUACGCUCUUCCAGACGACCCAGACAUAAUUUUUGCAUUUGAUACAUGAAAUUCGUGAAGCACGACGCGUUUCACGGCAGGUUAUCGGCGCUAAGCGAAAAUAUGAACUGCAAAAGUAUCGUACUCGUAUAAAUGCAAGUCUUGCAUCACAAAUCUUGUUCCCAAGGCAAAUCAGCAUUACAAAUUUCAUUUCUCAUGCUGAGGAAACUUGUGAUGCAUUUAUACGAGUACGAUACUUUUGCACAGCAUAGAAAAUCACGUGCGGCAACAUGGGGUAUAUAUGCAAGAAAAAAACUGUGUAAGUGUAACUCUGUAAUGCAGAACAUGCAACAGAGCUACACCUGUCAUGCCAGACAGCCAUGAAGUCCUCUGCUCAAGUGUGUUUUCCCUUACAAGCCACGCAUGACAGGUUUUCUCUGCCAUGUAGAGCAAAUUUGUGAUGCUGUUUCUCAAAGAAAGUUACACUUACACACUUUUUUUCCUGGAUAGUAUAGGAUUUUGCGACUACAACCUAACAAGGAUUGUCAUUCGGUUUUUUCGUUCUGUUCCUCGCCAAGGGAUGAAGCGGAACGAAAUACUUAAAUAAUACAAAGUGUAGAAGUCGUGUUUUAUUUGAGCUCCUCAGUACUAGAACUUGUUCGUGAUGAAGAAAACGUCUGCAAUUUGAAUUUUAGUCACAGUGACUGCAUUAAGACAAAAGCAAGACUACUAGUACAGCACAAAUUAUGGAUGUGUCAGGAUCGAAAUCGACAAAAUCGAAAAACUUGUGAUGCGUAAAAUGUAGAGCACUGAAGGCCUGUCUUGGGGCGCAGGCAUAUGAGGCCGAUUGUAAGCCUGUUUAGGGGUAUGCAAUGUGCUGCCAGAGUAGCAUGGCCGGAGCAGUCUUCUUUGUCCAAACAGCAUGACAGACUGCAUUUGGGUGCUCCCGAAAUUUGUCAUGCGCCACUUGAAGACUGAGGCUCCAACUGACAUCGAUUUUGUGCAUCACAAAUUUUUCGAUUUUGUCAAUUUCGAUUCUGACGCUCCCAUACAAAUUCAAAAAAUUGAAAUUGUAUCAGGUCCACCGCUACUGCGUAUGCUGUGCAAAAGUAUCGUACUCGUAUAAAUGCAGGUCUUGCAUUACAAAUUUCUUUGUCAAGGCAAAUCCGCAUUACAAAUUUUAUUUCUCAUGCUGAAAAAAUUUGUAAUGCAUUUAUACGAGUACGAUACUUUUGCAGUUCAUACUGCGUCUCAUUUCACCAAGUGCACCACAAAGCUUUGAGUAAUGCGGACGGAAUAUGGAUUGCAAAAAUGUCUGGGUCUGGAAGAUGUCAUGCUGUUUUUGCAUGACGCAGAAGGUCUGGAAUGGAAGCUCUAGCAUCACAGAUUUCGAGAAGGUUCUGCAAUGCCUAAUCCGCAUGACAAAUCCCCCACUUUGGUGACAAGAAGUGGGCAUCUUUUGCUGCCUAUGCAUGACAGAUUUGUCUGUGUUGUGAACUGCGCAUCACAAGUUCACAUCCUUCCAGACCCAGACAUUUUUACAUUUGAUACGGAAUGGGCUUCGUGUUUUCCUCCUUGCUGCCCUGUACGAAGAAUAUCCAGAAAAUCAAGUCGAUUUUUCUGAACAAGAAGGGCCAGGUAUAGUAAAAAUAAAUCGAUCUGCUGAGCAGCGGUCGUGUAUCCUCUGAUUUUGCCAAACGAUAUGAACCGUAAAUGCUGUGAGUCGUGCAUGAGAAACACAUUUUGAAGUGCAUGGAAAAAUGCAUGACAAAUCAUAAUCAAAUACUAUGAACACCAGAUCAUGAUCCGGCGAGAGAAGGAGCUCAACAAAUGCAUCAUCCCGCUGGAAACGGACGACCCGAACGCACACACCACCGCAGAAGGCCACGAAAAAUCGAAGCACAGCGCAGCGAUCGUCGACCACGAAACCAAAUCCUCCUCCUCUGCGGACGGAGAAGAUCAUAGGAAAAACGCGCCCAGCACCUCGAGCGACACCGGAAGAGCCAUCCCCUGGAAGGAAAACACGAGGCUGCACAUGCAGAUUGACCUGGACAACUACAAAGUGAGCUUUUGGCUCGAGGAAAAAUACGAAGAAGAUACGGACGAAUACCACGCGACGGAUGUGCCGGUGCCGGAGGAUGCGGUAUUAUUUGAUGCAAUACAAAUGUAUUUGAUGCAAUACAUUGUAUUGCAUCAAAUACAAACAGACAAAUGGGAUAACCAUGUAUUUGAUGCAAUACAAAUUUGUUCGACGGACAAGUUGAAAUUUAUACAUACACAUCAGAUCACCGUCGAUUACCGUUCCUACUUCGACCUAGAACAAGACGACCUGUCCCAGGGUUUUCUCACCAUUGUGCUCAAAUCCGCGGUAUGCAUUGCAAAAGCCUCGUACUAGUCUAAAUUGCAUCACAAAUUUUGGCAAGAAGGUUAGUGGAAUUUGUAAUGCUGUUUUCCCUUAUGAAAAACAUUUGUCAUGCAUAUUUGCAAUUAGUACGAGUGCGAUACUUUUGCAGUUCAUACGCGGGCGCUGGUGCGAGAUUUGUGUCGUACGACAACCUCACCCCCAAGCCGGAGUUGCCCGCCGACCCCCAGCACGACAUCGAGGAGCUGACGACCCCGACGGUGUCCUCGAACUUGGGCAACAAAACGCCAUCCGGGGCAGCGGGUGCAGAAAACAAGAAGAAGAAAACAAGACGGAACAAGAAGAAAAACGCGGCUGCGAAUUCCGCCGGAAACUCACCAACGAACGGGGCGGUGAACAAGGAUGAUGAGGACGAAAACACGAAACCGACGGAUCACGCAACGUUUCUCGGCGAGGUCAGCGGGGAGGUGAUUGAACAGUUGGAGGACAGAUUAUUGACGCAGUCGAAAUCAACAAGGAAGAAGAAAACGACUUCUGCUGGUGGUGGUGGUCCAAAAACCGCUGGUGCUCCUGCAGCUGCCGGCUCAACCACGUCGUCCGUGUCAGUAAGCAAGUCUUCGCCAAGCAAAAAGCCCAGUGAGGCAGCUACCUUGUUGGACCAAUCUCCCGGGAGUGGCAGCACUGCGGAUUCUAGGACGGCGGACGCUUGAUCUUCAGCUCUAGUACUUGUUCAAUUAUGUAGCGCGUCUGAUCAACAUCAAGAAGGAAAUUUCUAAAAACGAAAGGUAUUUUUUGCUAAUAUUAAAGUCGGAAGGUGUGAUGUCGUGGCCGCCCAAGCCUAUGCUAUGCUCUCUAUCUUCCCGACGAGGUGGACGACCUCUGCUUUAUCUAUUGUAUUUGUGACUGACACGAAGAGAAGAGCUCCGAUUCUUCGCUUCUCCUGGCCGAGGUAGCAAGAGUUGAGGUGCUCGAACUGAAAACUCUCUAAAUCAAACGCAUUUUUUUCAUUUCAACGCGACACAGUGGUCUCAAGAUGAACUGCGAAAACUUUUACGUGACUUUGUGAUUUUCAUCUCCUAUGUGAAGCUUUCCGGCCUAACUUUUUCGAAACUUUUAUACUUUUUGUGAGGACGAGAAUGUCAAGGGUUGUUGAAAAUGUGUACUGGUAUUCUAUUUCACGAAAGGGCUCUAUAAUAAGUCGAGUUCGACUUUUUUCACUUUUUUGCUUUCAAGAGGUGAUGAGUGUUUGUGUGUAUCGCAAACAUUAUAGAAGAGAUGAUGUGGUAGAUUCGAUUAGGACUAGCAGGAGGGUGCAACAACAUCAAGAGGUACAACUAUAAAUCGCAUGAAUCAUGUAUCUGACAGCUAAAUCUGAGACUACGGUCCAAAAACCUGCUUCUUUUUGCGCGCAUGAGGUUUGUUAAACAUAAUUUCACGCAACAUAUACUUCACUGGCUUUCCAAG